AUGGUCAACGUCGCGACACCAAACACAAAAUCCAAGCUCAUCAAGGGCAAGCGGGCGGCGAAGCUGCGCAGAGACUCUCAGAGGCGGGCGCAAACAGCCAAGCUCGGCGGGGACAAGGACGCCAAGGCGGACACGACGCGCGGGGCGAGGACGGGUCUGCUGCCGACGAGCGGGCCGCGGGCGCCGAUGAGCUCGAAGAAGAGGCGGAAGCUGGAGAGGCAGAUGGGAACUACUCCCUUCGGCAAGACUACUGCCAGGACCGGCACUUGCCCUGCUAUUUUCCCACGGACCACCGGCGCCGACUUCUUCCUCCUCUACUUCCACUUCCUUCCCCUUUUCUCCUUUCUUCUCCUCUUCGUCGUCUUCUUCGUCGUCUUCCCACCCUUCUGCAGUUCCGUCGCUCGUGGCCUCUUCUUCCUCUCCACCUCGAGUCUCCUCUUUCUUACCUUGUUGCAUUUCCUCGGCAUGGGACUGGCGCUCCUUUUCCGCGUGGCCUUCAAAUCUUCGCCAGGCGGCAGCUAUAUCCUGGGGAUCGAUGGCGCCUAUGGAACAAACCAUGAGGGCCUUCCAGUCGGCGAAGGCGGCGGGGCCGAGGAUCGGGCUGCGCAGGGUCUCGACGGAUAUAUCGGGGAGGAGGUGACGUAA